AUGGCCAGUAGUAUUCCUGCUAGGCUUCGCACAGCAGAUAUUGGGCGCUUUGCCUUGCGCGCUGUGCAAAUUGAGAAGGUCAAGCCCGUGGUGGCCUACUGGUGUAACUUCCACAUCGUGAACCAGAUUAUCGAGAGGGGUUUACAUAAUACGGAUGACGAAAUAAAGACCUAUACAACCAACUUGGUGGACAAACUCGAGCAGUUCAAAAGCGAAAACCCCGAUAAUGAAACAAUUACCGAUAAUGUCGCAGCGAGUGCGUAUGUGGAACAAUUUGGACUUGAGGUGUUUGGUCGUGCCGAGGCCGCUAUGGCAGCGAAUAAAGUUACAAAACAGACGGCGGACACCUUCCAAGCGGCUGCUACAUUCCUGGAAUUGUGUCAAGUAUGGGGAGACCUUGAUCCAGAGAUUGCGGGCCGAAUUAAAUUUGCGAAAUACCAUGCGGUUCGAAUCGUCAAGGCCAUAAAGGCCGGCGAGGACCCUAAUGACACCAAUCCGGCACCGAAAGAGGAAGAAGAAGCUACUAUCGACAAGCCCGAUGUACAGGCAUUCGAUGAGUCUGUGGCCGAGCAAGCAUCUAAGCCUCGUCAAGCUUCGGUGGAGGAGAUAUCCGACGAGGCCGACCGUGUUGGUCGACAAUUAGCCCAUCAGUCAUCUCUUGAUGAAUCGCUACACCCGUCACGAACGUCUUCAGUCCCUCGCCCUCCUGCUCAAGCUGCUACACCGCCCGAGAUUCCGUCCGUUCCCCAAAACGCACCAGGGACCCCGGGAAGAGAAAUGAACAUUGAUUCGGUGCCUGGCGAGCUCAGUCUUCCCUCGGCCCCAGAUGCCCUCGGGGGGCCCAGCUCUAUACCCCAGCUACCAGACACACCGGGUUCAUCUUAUGCUCACGUUCCCAGUCCCUCACAACCAGACUCUUUCCAGUCAUUCCCCCCACCAACGGCUAGCCCGUCUGUCCCUGCCCCCGACCCAGCCUCGUUCUAUAGCCCGUCAAAUGCUAGUGCUCACAUCCCGGCACCAGCAGCCGCGGCAAACCCUAGGCCUGCAUUUAGCCCUGCGCCCGUGGCUCCUGCGCCAGCCGUAUCGAGUCAACUUUCUCACACAGUAGAUGACAAUGCUAUUGCGCUAGCACAGAAACACGCGCGGUGGGCUGUUUCUGCAAUGACAUUUGACGAUGUUGACACGGCGAUCAAGGAACUCAGGAAUUCUCUGAGCGCUUCUGUCAAGCACGAGCCCACUUUCGCAGAAGAAGCUUUGGCAGAAGAGAUGGUUGCAUCACACGAUGAUGACGAUGAUGACGAUGAUGACGAUGAUGAGCUCGAGGAAAUCGAGCUUACUAGCUCCAGCAAGCUUGAUAUGUUCCGACUCUUCCUCGACUUUCGCCCAGAAUGGUGGGAAGGUUUCAAAGUCCGGCUAGUCCAGUAUGUGAUAUGUGCGUCUAGUUGGAAGGAGAUAUCGACCGAUGGAGCCAAGCGCCUCGAGAUGGCUCAGCGAUUCGUGAACCAAGUCGGCAAGGAAUAUUGGGGUUCAGUGGAGAGCCGCAAGAAAUUCAUGUUGCAGCGAAACAUUGAGAACCGGAGUGUCCUCCGUUAUCCCGCCAACCAGAGAGUGAUCACCCAAGCCAUCAAACUACUACUGGAAAAGAUGUCUAAACGUCGACGCGAUUCUAUCGCCGAGAUCGUGAUCGAGUCUCGACCCUUCGCAUCGGCCAGCGACGCGCCUUCCCCGCAGGGUAACCCCAAAGGGUUGGACUCAGGGGCCAAAGCAGAAAAAGCAAACAUGAAAGAUGCAGAGUUGGACAGUCAAUUGGUCGCGGCGGCAACCUCAGGCCAACUGAACGCCACUCAGUAUUUAUCGCUGCACGAUGCCGAUCCUGUCUCGCGAAAUUUCCAAGCCACCUACUUCCUAGUCCGAGAGGAGAAGUCCGAGAUAGAGGCUGUCUGCGUGCCCUUCGAGGUAUUCCCGUCGUCAUCGGCCUUCCUCGCGAAGAUGGAGAGCCAUGCCGGGGUGAUCGAUCUCGACGACCCGUCCCCCCAAUUCUACGACGAGAUGCCGAGCCUUCGACGCCGCUACGCGGUGGUGCGUUUGCAGUGGUCGCGGGUAGAAUUUAUCAUCCGCGGGCACCGGGACGAGGAUCUGCGGGCGCUGAUGAACCGGGUAGGCUGUGCGUGGCGGGCCCAGGAGCGAGGCGACUUGACGGUAUUCGAAUUUGAGAUUCGCGUGAUCCUCAAGAUGGAACCGUAG